UCUAAAUCACGUGCAAUGGAUAACCAAAAUAUCGAAAACAAUUUACCAUGGAAACACGAAAGCAAAACCAACGGUUCCAACAAUAAUCCGAACAAAUCAUCAAAUGGAAACUCUUAUUCCGAUGUUAAAAAUUCAAAAACAGUAUUCAAUAUUAACGGAAAUGAAGAAAAAGCUCCAUUAGAUUUCUAUAAAAGUGACGAGAAUAAACUAAUCUCAGAUCUAACAGGAAGUGACGCAAAACCUGACAUAGACAAGGAAUGGGAAGAUAAGCAUCUUCGUUACGGAUGGUACAACUAUAAACCAAGAUGGGCACAAGUGUUUAAUUCCAUUCGUUGGUUUGUUUUCUGGACAUGUGUUUUUAGUUUAGUGCAAGGUUUUAUCGUAAACGGUGUCAUCAAUGCAGUAAUAAGCACGUUAGAAAAAAGAUACGAGUUGCCAAGCUCAAAGUCAGGACUAAUAGCAAGUUCAAAUGACUUUUUUGCGUUUUUUCUUGUCCUAGCGAUUAGUUAUUAUGGAGGAAAAAGGAACAAACCAAAACUAAUUGGAAUUGGGAUUUUAACAUUGGGAAUAGGAUCGUUUGUGUUUUCUCUGCCACAAUUUCUGGCAGGAGAAUAUAAUUUUGGAUCAACUGAUUUGAAUCAAUUUGAAAAUGUUUGUAGAAAUACAACAGAUUCGUGUGAGGGUCCACAGGAAAAGAAAUCUCAUUUACAGAAAUAUUUAUAUGUGUUUAUGCUUGGCAAUGCCUUACAUGGAGCAGGUUCAACUCCCAUGUUUACUCUCGGGACAACAUUCAUCGACGAGAACACAAAGGCGGAAAUGACAUCUCUAUAUCUUGGACUUAUAUAUGCUGCCGCAUCUAUUGGGGUAGCUGCUGGUUACAUGGGUGGAGGACAAACUCUUUGGCUCUUCACCGACUUCUACAGAAAAGAUCCUUCUGAAAUAUCUAUAACACCCGCUGAUCCCCGCUGGGUUGGUGCCUGGUGGCUAAGUUUCCUCGCCAGUGGUGCUAUUAUGUUCAUUGUUGCCAUACCAAUGAUCGCCUACCCAAAACAGUUACCAGGUAGCGCUGGAAUUCAAGCAAAACGAAAGUCAGAAGCCUAUCAAGGAAAACAAGUCAAGAAAGUAAAAGACGAGAAUUUUGGAAAAUCUUGGAAGGAUUUUCCGAUAGCCAUGUGGAAUUUAGUUAUGAAUCCUACAUUUCUGUUCAUGUCAUUGGGAGCUUGCACUGAAGGAGCUAUUAUUAGUGGAGUUGCAACAUUUGGACCAAAGUUCUUCGCUGAGAAAUUCAACUUACCACCAGCGUUUGCUGGUUUGAUAAUGGGUUGUGUAACAGUUCCAGGAGCCGGUGGGGGUAUGUUUGUGGGAGGAUAUGUUGUGAAAAAGAAGAAACUGAAGUGUCGAAGUAUCAUCCGGUUUAAUUUAGCACUUGGUUUCAUUGCUUUAUUUUUUGGUUGCUUAUUUCUAAUUGAAUGCCCAACCCAACGCAUUAGUGGUGUAACAAUAGAUUAUAAAACACAUAGAAACAGAGAUUCUGAUCACAAUUUAGGGGCAACAUGUAAUGCGGAAUGCGGAUGUUCAGCUAUGGUAUAUGAACCCGUAUGUGGAUUAGAUGGCUCACAGUAUUUUUCACCAUGUCACGCUGGGUGUUCAUCUAAGCAUUCCUUUAUAAAAUCACCAAUGGGACCUAUCAAGAUGUAUUUGGACUGUGAAUGUGUUGAAGAAAGCAUAACAUAUAAGAUGAACAACUCUAUGAAUAAACAACUAGAACAAACAGAUCAGAUGAGUAAAACGACAAUGCCUUCAAUUGGUUUCUCAAGGACUACGAACUCUAUGUUAUCAAAUUCAUCAAACAUGACUGGUCCAAUAGGUCCUCCAAUGGGAGCAUAUCAAGGAAUUUGUAUGUCCGACUGUAUUUUGAUGUACGUUGUGGCGCCGUUAUUGUUCAUCGGAAUGUUUCUGACUUUUUCAACAGUGUCACCAUGUCAAACUGCAACAAUGAGAUGCGUUCCACAAUCUGAAAGAGCUCUAGCAAUAGGAUUCCAGUGGCUAUUGUUGCGAUUAUUAGGUACGACCCCUGGUCCAGUAAUGCUCGGUGCUAUCAUUGAUAGUGCUUGUAAAGUAUGGCAGAAUAUUUGUGGGGAGACGGGUAACUGCUGGAUCUAUCAAAAGACGGACAUGGGAAUCAAAAUUUUUAUAUGGUGGUGUUUAAUGAAAGGUUUAGCAGUACUGUUUUAUUUCCUAGCUCAAUAUUUUUACAAGGCACCACCGGAAGACGCUGAUACAGAGUGCGCUGAAAAACUAAUGCAUCCGGUUGAACAGUUGGAAACACGAGAGAGUGUCUUAUAAAAAGGUGUGGAGUUGAUAAAUGCAUACCUAUCAUAGUCCAUUUCUAGACAUAUCAUAACUGUUGGACAAUACUGGUAUUUUUUUCAGGGAUACAAUUCAUUUUAUCAUCAUCAUAUUUAAGUAAAUACAUUUACUAUUUAUAAAUAUGUAUCGCAUGCUUCAAACGUGACAACUUGUUAACGACGAGCUAUCAGAAAUCUAUUUUAGAACGACAAGGUCUUGACCGAAGCAAUCGACUAUCUGACAAAAUGUAUAUUGUAUAUGUUCUAUUAAAUGCUUACCCUUA